AUGAGUGAAUCUGAAUACCAACAAUUCCGGCUUGCCGACACCAUUGAAGGAGUUCGUGUCAGGACUACUACCUCCGCCAACAAUGACAACGGCUCGCUAUAUUAUGUGAGCUUGCAAGACAUUCGAGUCGUGUUUCCAGAUGCACUGCAGUUCAAAUUGGAUGGGAUUCCCAUCCCAUUCCUUGAAGACCCUGAUGGCAACAGAAUCGAACCUGCGCGUAUUGCAUACCAUCCUUACAAGAUCCUGGACGUGAUUACAGAAGUACCCCAGUUCGGUAACAGCAACAGCAACAAGCUUGAACAGAUUAAAGGGCUAUUGGAGACUACAGAGAAGGACGACGAAAUACUUAAAGCGCGUUCGGAGAUGCUUAAACUGCAAUUGGAGACAGUUACUUCGCAACAUCAAGCACGCGACAGACUUACUAUCCUUCAAAAGCAUGCUAAUGCUAUCCUUGCCCAGAGUGUUGAGCUACACGAUUGUCCAAUCCCUCGAUUAUUUAUAGUUUUGCCCGUCGGCACCGCCAGGUGGGAUUCAUCGGAUAUCUUGAGGAACAAGCUCCGCCUUCAUUUCCUGUGUGAAGGAGAGGAUCAUACCGUAAAGACAGGCAAGAGCGACCAGGAACAAAUCCAUCUUGCUAAACAUGAAGGAUAUGAGAUUCAAAAUAGAAUGGAGUUCUUCCACAAGUACGGAACGUACAUACUCAUCCUUUUACAAUGGCUCAAGUUGGAGAAGCCCCCGGCCCCUCUGGUCGAUGCUAUCAAUCAUUCAAUCGAGUAUAUGAUGGCGCUCACUAUUGAAUAUCCAAUCUUGAAAAACAUCAACUCAAUCGACGACUAUGAGGAACUUGAAGUAGUAGAUCUCCAACAGCUGAGCACAUUCCUUCAAAUCGAUGAUGAAGAGCAACGUGGCAACUUGCAUAGGAUCAUGACAGAAGCAGGGCAUGUCAAAUGGGUUUGUCUGAACCACUAUCUUGCCGUGUAUCAUGAAAAAGGAUAUCGAACCUCUCCAAAUAUAAUGAUGGAUGGCUGGAAAUAUGACUCGCAUCUUGGUAAAUUGGUUUACGUAUUGGAAUCAAGGACUGAAGCGAAAUACUUCUUCAAAGCCCUGACCGAGAUAAGCUGUGUUUAUGAACUGGAUAUCACACUCAGCUGUGACUGGACCAAGACUGAACUUAAAGCAUUUGAGUAUGCACUAAAGAAGUCAAGUGUAUCGAUUCUUAGGCUUGAACUUGGAUCGUUUCAAGAAGGCAUCAACCGGCCACUACUCAAAAGAUCCAUGCGAUAUGAAAUACUUGCUCGCAUCAUGAGACUUAAAAAUAUGAAAAUGAUUCAUAUUGUUCUACCAUCAAAUUUCAUAAAAGAUUCCGCUCUACGACCCGAGACACCACCGCACCCUCAUAACUUAACCAUUGAGAUAAGCCCUUGGAGCAACGUAGCAAGUGUAUCUCAAGUACCUGGAAGCCCACUCAAGACCAAAGCAGCUUUACUCGCCUUGGGCUUGAAGAAUAGCUUAAUUGGGAAGGGAGCGCCCUCUAAAUUUCCCGGGACGCUUAAGACUAUCAGCUAUUUCACCGCUUUAGCCUUGACAGACAGCUCGAUUGGAGAGGAAGCAGUUCGUGCACUAUCAGAAGAACUCAAAAAUAAUACAACCUUAACUAUGUUAGACUUAACAGACAGCUCAGUUGGGAAGGAAGGAGCCCUUGCACUGUCAAAGGCGCUUGAGACCAACAGAGCUUUAAGCGCUUUGGACUUGACGGGCAACUCAAUUGGGGAUGAAGGGACUCAUGUACUCUCAAAGGCACUUAAGAUCAACAAAACUUUAACCACUCUGAACUUGACGAGAAACUCAAUUGGGCAUGAAGGAGUUCGUGCACUAUCUGAGGCACUUAUGGCUAACAGAGCUUUAAGCACUUUGGACUUGACGGACAACUUAAUUGGGGAUAAAGGGACUGGUGUACUCUCAGUGGCGCUUAAGAUCAACAAAACUUUAAUCACCUUGAACUUGACGGGUAACUUAAUUGAAUCUGAUGGGGCUAGUUCACUCUCAAUAGCACUUCAGAUCAACGGCACUUUAAGCACUUUGGACUUGACGGGCAACAAAAUUAGGGAUAAGGGGGUGCUUGCACUCUCAGAGGCACUUAAGGCCAACAUAACUUUAAGCACUUUGAGCUUGGCUGGAAACUCAAUUAGGUAUGAAGGAGCUCGUGCACUGUCUGAGGUACUUAUGACCAACACAACUUUGACCACUCUGGACUUGAUGAAUAACUUUAUUGGGAGUGAAGGGGCUAUUGAACUGUCAAAGGCACUCUUAUCCAACAGAACUUUAACCACUCUGGACUUGAUGAACAACUUUAUUGGAGAUGAAGCGGCAACGAUGCUGUCAUCGGUACUCGAAUCCAACAGAACUUUAACCACUCUGGACUUAUCGAGCAACCCAAUUGGGGAAAGAGGGGCUAUUGAACUGUCGGAGGCACUUAAGGUCAACACAACUUCGACCAUUCUGGGCAUGGAGUGUAGUUCGUAUGCGAAAAAAGUAGCUCUGAUGCUGUCAAAGAGCACGACACUGACCAGGUUGGACUUUCGUAAAAAAUUCAUUGGGGAUGAACGAGCUCUUGUACUGUCAGAGGCACUCAAAAUCAACACAACUUUAACCAGUCUGGUCUUGGCAAACAACAACAUUAAGGAUAAAGGAGCUCUGGCACUGUCAGAGGCACUCAAGACCAACACAACAUUAACCACUCUAGAGUUGGCACAGAACAAGAUUACGGAUGAAGGAGCUCUGGUACUGUCAGAGGCACUCAAGACCAACACAACAUUAACUACUCUAGACUUGGCACACAACUUUAUUAAGGAUGAAGGAGCUCUGGCACUGUCAGAGGCACUCAAGACCAACACAACUUUAACCGCUCUAGACUUGGCACAUAACUAUAUUAAGGAGGAAGGAGCUCUAGCACUGUCAGAGAUACUCAAGAGCAACGCAACUUUAAUCACUCUAGACUUGGCACACAACGACAUUACGGAUGAAGGAGCUCUGGCACUGUCAGAGGCACUCAAGACCAACACAACUUUAACCGCUCUAGACUUGGCACAUAACUAUAUUAAGGAUGAAGGAGCUCUGGCACUGUCAGAGGCACUCAAGACCAACACAACUUUAACCACUCUAGACUUGGCACAUACCUAUAUUAAGGAUGAAGGAGCUCUGGCACUGUCAGAGGCACUCAAGACCAACACAACUUUAACCGCUCUAGACUUGGCACAUAACUAUAUUAAGGAGGAAGGAGCUCUGGCACUGUCAGAGGCACUCAAGACCAACGCAACUUUAAUCACUCUAGACUUGGCACACAACGACAUUAUGGAUGAAGGAGCUCUGGCACUGUCAGAGGCACUCAAGACCAACACAACUUUAACCAGUCUGGCCUUGGCACACAACUAUAUUGAGGAUGAAGGAGCUUUGGCACUGUCAAAGGCACUCAAGACCAACACAACUUUAGCCACUCUAGACUUGGCACAUAACUAUAUUACGGAUGAAGGAGCUCUGGCACUGUCAGAGGCACUCAAGAUCAACACAACUUUAACCAGUCUAGCCUUGGCACAUAACAACAUUAAGGAUAAAGGAGCUCUGGCACUGUCAGAGGCACUCAAGACCAACACAACAUUAACCACUCUAGAGUUGGCACAGAACAAGAUUACGGAUGAAGGAGCUCUGGUACUGUCAGAGGCACUCAAGACCAACACAACAUUAACUACUCUAGACUUGGCACACAACUUUAUUAAGGAUGAAGGAGCUCUGGCACUGUCAGAGGCACUCAAGACCAACACAACUUUAACCAGUCUGGCCUUGGCACACAACUAUAUUGAGGAUGAAGGAGCUUUGGUACUGUCAGAGGCACUCAAGACCAACACAACAUUAACCACUCUAGAGUUGACACAGAACAAGAUUACGGAUGAAGGAGCUCUGGUACUGUCAGAGGCACUCAAGACCAACACAACUUUAACCACUCUAGACUUGGCACACAACGACAUUACGGAUGAAGGAGCUCUGGCACUGUCAGAGGCACUCAAGAUCAACACAACUUUAACCAGUCUGGCCUUGGCACACAACAACAUUAAGGAUAAAGGAGCUCUGGCACUGUCAGAGGCACUCAAGACCAACACAACAUUAACCACUCUAGACUUGACAUAUAACUGUAUUAAGAUGGAAGUAGCUCUGGCACCGUCUGCGACACCCAAUAUCAUCAAAACUUUAACCUCCCUGGACUUAACAAACAGCAUUAAUGAGAAGGAUGCUCUUGAGAUGUCAGUGGAACGUAGGAUCAAUACGACUUUGGCCACUUUGAUGUUGGGGUAUAAACCAAUCAGAGAUGGAGGAGCUCUUGCACUGUCAGAAGCACUCAAGACCAACGCAACUUUAACCACUUUGGACUUGGACAUCUUAAUUGGGAAGGAAGGAGCUCUGGCACUGUCAGAGGCACUCAAGACCAAUACAACUUUAACCACUUUGAAAUUGAUGAACAACUCGUUUGGGGAUGAAGGAGUUCUCGCACUGUCAGAGGCACUGAAAUUUAAUACAACUUUAACCACUCUGAACUUGACAAACAAUGCUAUUGGGGAAAGGGAGGCUAUUGCACUCUCAAUAGGACUUACAACCAACAGAACUUUAAGCACUUUAGACCUGACAAGCAACUCAAUUGGAGACGAAGGAGCUCUUGCGCUGUCAGAGGCGCUCAAGACCAAUGCAACUUUAACCACCUUGAACUUGAUGAAUAACGAAAUUAGGAUUAAAGGGGUGCUGGCACUGUCAGAGGCGCUCAAAGCCAACACAGCUUUAACCACUUUGGACUUGGUGGACAACUCAAUUGGGGAUGAAGGAGCCCGAGCACUGUCAGAGGCACUCAUGAGCAAUACGACAUUGACUGCUUUGUACUUGGUGAGCAACAAAAUUGGGAUUAAAGGGGUACUUGUACUAUCAGAUGCACUUAAGACCAACACAACUUUAACCACUUUGGAUUUGAAGGGCAGCUCAAUUUGGGAUGAGAGAGCUCUUGCACUGUCCGAGGCACUCAUAGCCAACGCAUCUUUAACCACUUCGGACUUAUGGGACAGCUCAAUUGGGGAUAUAGGGGUCCUUGCACUGUCAGAGGCGCUCAGGACCAAUACGACUUUGACCACCUUGAGGUGGGGGUAUAACUCUAUUGGGAAUGAAGGAGCACUUGCACUGUCAGAGGUUCUUAAGGUCAACAAGACUAUAAUCAUUAUGGACUUGGAGGGCAACUCAAUCAAAGUUGAAGGGGCUACUGCACUCUCAGAGGCGCUCGAGACUAACACGGUUUUGACCGUUAUGAACUUGACCUACAAUCUUAUUGAGGAUGAAGGAGUUCUUGCACUGUCAAAAGCACUCAAGACCAAUACCUCUUUGACCACUCUGAGCUUAACGGGCAACGCAAUUGGAGAUGAAGGUGCCGUUGCAUUGUCAUAUGCACUCAAGGUCAACAAGACUUUGACCACAGUGGACCUGACAAGCAACUCAAUUGGAGAUAAAGGAGCUCAGGCAUUGUCAGAGGCACUAAUAACCAACAUAGCUUUGACCAUUCUGGACUUGUGGGACAACUCAAUUGGGGAUAAAGGAGCCCGGGCACUGUCAGAGGCACUCAUGAGCAACACGACAUUGACUGCUUUGUACUUGAAUGGGAAUCCAAUUGGUGAUGAAGGAGUUCUGACGCUGUUCAAGACACUCAAGACCAGCAGAUCUUUAACCACUCUGGAUUUGUUUGGCAAAAAUGGGAGUGAAUAA